UCAACCAUGGUCCGACUGAGGUCCAGUUGUGGUCCAGCAGAGAUCCAGUUGUGGUGCAGCUGUGGACCAGCGGAGCCGGUAGGUGUGGUGGCGUUGCUGUGUUUCCCUGCAGAGGGCCGGCAGGGACCCGGCGGGCCGAGCGGCCUCACUCCCCGGGACAGCUCCGCCCACCGCCCGCUGACCGACAGGGUGACGAUCAUUCGCCACGCCCCCUCCACGCUCAGCGCGAUUGCGUCACACGCUGUGGUCUCCGCCCAGCGGGGGGGGCGGUGCGCGGCGUCACUUCCGGCGCGGGCGGCGGGCCGGCGGAAGAUGGCGUCGGAGAAGGCGAAGGCGGAGGGCGGGCGGGUGAAGAUCGGACAUUACCGGCUGGGAGACACGCUGGGGGUCGGCACCUUCGGCAAGGUGAAGGUGGGGAUGCACGAACUGACCCAGCACAAGGUGGCAGUGAAGAUCCUGAACCGCCACAAGAUCCGCAGCCUGGAUGUUGUCGGCAAAAUCCGCCGCGAGAUCCAGAACCUCAAACUCUUCAGACAUCCGCACAUCAUCAAACUGUACCAAGUGAUCAGUACCCCGACGGACAUAUUCAUGGUAAUGGAAUAUGUGUCAGGUGGCGAGCUCUUCGACUACAUCUGCAAGAAUGGCAAGCUGGAUGAGAAGGAGAGCCGGCGCCUCUUCCAGCAGAUCAUCUCUGCGGUGGACUACUGCCACCGGCACAUGGUGGUGCACCGGGACCUGAAGCCAGAGAACGUGCUGCUGGAUGCACAGAUGAAUGCCAAAAUCGCCGACUUCGGUCUGUCGAACAUGAUGUCCGAUGGGGAGUUCCUGAGAACCAGCUGUGGGUCGCCCAACUACGCUGCUCCUGAGGUCAUCUCUGGAAGGCUGUACGCUGGGCCAGAGGUGGAUAUCUGGAGCUGUGGAGUGAUACUCUACGCCCUGCUGUGUGGCACCCUCCCCUUCGAUGACGACCACGUGCCCAUGCUCUUCAAGAAGAUCUGCGACGGCAUCUUCUACACACCGCAGUAUCUGAAUCCCUCCGUCAUCAGCCUCCUCAAACACAUGCUGCAGGUCGAUCCCAUGAAAAGGACCACCAUCAAGGACAUCCGGGAACACGAGUGGUUCAAGCUGGACCUGCCCAAGUACCUGUUCCCGGAGGACCCGGCCUACAGCACCAGUAUGAUUGACGAUGAGGCUCUGAAGGAGGUGUGUGAGAAGUUUGAGUGUGCCGAGGAGGAGGUGCUGAAUUGCUUGUACAGCCGGAACCACCAGGACCCGCUGGCUGUGGCCUACCACCUCAUCAUCGACAACCGCCGCAUUAUGAACGAGGCCAAGGACUUCUACCUGGCCUCCAGCCCGCCCGAGAGCGCCUCCUUCCUGGACGAGCAGCACUGCGUCUCCAGGGUCCACCCUGAACGCGUUCCCUUCCUGGUGGCAGAGGCUGCCCCCAGGCCCAGGCACACCCUGGACGAGCUGAACCCCCAGAAGUCCAAGCACCCCGGGGUGCGCAGAGCCAAAUGGCACCUGGGUAUCCGCAGUCAGAGCCGGCCCAACGACAUCAUGGCCGAGGUGUGCCGCGCCAUGAAGCAGCUGGGCUACGAGUGGAAGGUAGUGAACCCCUACCACUUGCGAGUUCGGAGGAAGAACACCAUGACGGGAACGUACUCGAAGAUGAGUCUCCAGCUGUACCAGGUGGACAACCGGACGUACCUGGUGGAUUUCCGCAGUAUUGACGCGGACGAGGCGAUCGAGCCGCGGUCUGGCUACACCACACCCCACCGCUCGGGAUCCAUCAGCAGCCACCACCGCUCCAGCUUGAAGAGUGACUCGGACACGGACUCCACGGGGAGGUCUGCAGAUGGGGCCAUGUCCUGGUCUGCCCCCUCGCUGGGAGAGCUCGGCGCCCCCACUGAGCUCAGCCCGAGGCCCGGCAGUCACGUCAUCGAGUUCUUCGAAAUGUGCGCCAACCUGAUCAAGCUGCUGGCCCGAUAGUGGAUGCUGGCCUUUUCUUCCUCUGUCUCCACAAGCAAGGCGCCAUGGAAAAUCAGAUUAACGCUUCGAAACAUCUUGCUCUGAACCCUUAGCUCCCCUUGUGCCAGGUGCCCAAGGGCAGUGGGAACCGGGAGUGAGUCCCAGUAACUAAUACUCUUCCCUUCUCUCUGUGUCGCCUGCGAGCCCUCUUUGCCACCUGCACUUGUGACUGCAGUGGCUGGCUGCUGUGAAAUCCAUUGCUUUGCUGUUGAGUCUCUCAUUACAGCCAAGGCGGUGUAUGUUGGGUUGGACCCCAGUGUUUGUGCCCCCUUCCUGACUGUGCCAACCAGCAUCUAGGCAUGGAUGCCAACUGAUGCAAACCCAUCACAUUGUGUAUAGUCUGCAAGGGGUUGGCAGCUGAACGGGCAAUACUCGGUGUAAGGACCAGGGCUGGGUGAGGACAGACAUGCUCUCUGGAGUGGGCAGUGUUAUGUGUGUUGGAAUUGCUUUAGUUUAGCUCCGUGCUUGGCCCCAGCACCUGCUGCUCUCUCUGAUACCCUUGAUACCACAGUGCUCUGCAGAGGUAACCAGGUGGGUUCAAACCCUUGACUCUGGAGACCUGGCUUUAGACUGUCCCUGCUCUAGGGUAAUGCUCACAUGUGUGGGGAAGCAGUUUUUUGUAUUUAAGUAGCACCUCAUCAUGUCCAACCUCCUUUGAGCUAAUGAUUAAUCAGGUUAUUGAUGGUUGUACUAGUUGUUGACAAUGUGAGUGUUCCCCGGUGGGGACUUUGUGCCGUCACCGGUUCCAUCUCAUUGGGCGUGAGUUCAGCGGUCACGGUGAGGCUUGCUUGCCGGAUUUAAUGUUUGGUUUGCUGGUGAUGGGCUGGUACUUACAGCAAAUCAGAUGCCUUGAGCUCUGGGACCCGAUCAGAUAUUUUGUAUUGAUUGACGGGAAGGGCAGCAUUUAAUGUCCAUCCCUACCCGCCCUCAGGAAUGCGGUGAGCUGGUUCGAACCACUGCAGUCCGAUGUAACCUCAGCUCAAGAGACGCCAGACUUCCUGCUGAGUACCGAACAUCAGUUUGGGGUAGCACAGGCCAGAGACCACAACAUUUAUUCCAUGUUUCAGACUUACAGCAACACUGUGGGAUUUGGGGAAUUCAGAAUUGGAGGAAGAAGCAGCAAGGGUGAAGCUGAUCUCCAUGCUUCCCCUGCCUUGGGAGUGUGUGAUGGGACGGUUCUGGAGGGGAAGAGUUCGGAAACAGACCCUUAGGUGCACCGUGUCACUGACGACCAUCUCUAAUCCCAUUUUUCCCUCUCACAUUCCCAUCAACUCUGUGUCUGUCCGUGGCUAAGCUAUAAACCCCUCAUCCGUGUCUUUGUUCCUUACGUUCCAUUCAAACAUGCGCCUUGCUGAACUCCAAUAUCCUGGUCCAUGUUACGUCUCGCACCCAUUCACCCAUCGCUCUGAGCUUGCUUACCUCUUCUGCUCUGUUAUCAUCAGACUGAUUGGUUUAUUGUUGUCACAUGUACAAGGUACAGUGAAAAACUUUGCCUUCCUUUGCCAUCAGCAUCUUUCUAUAAUUUCCCUCAAAUCUUUGCAAUGCACAAGGAUCUGUACUUCUCCAUUUUUGCACUCUCCUCAGAGGGAGCUUUCCUUUGUGUCUAACCCUACCCUGGGAUUGUGUGAUGGGGUAGUGCAGAGGGAGCUUCACUCUGUGUCUGACCCCGGGAGUGUGUGAUGGGACGGUGUGGAGGGAGCUUCACUCUGUGUCUGACCCCGGGACUGUGUGAUGGGACAGUGUAGAGGGAGCUUCACUCUGUGUCUGACCCUGGGGGUGUGUGAUGGGGCAGUGCAGAGAAAGCUUUGCCCUCAAGCCAACCCUUUUUUGUGUGCAUUUUAUGAAUAACUUCAUUUGCAACAGUUAAAUUAAAUCAUUAACCUCCUUAAUCAGGAUGUACUCCAGCCCCUGCAGUGCCCACCAGUCCUGGAAGACCUCCAGAGAACCGGUAGAGACUGUGUGUUUCUCUCCAGGGACACUCGGGCAGGCAUGGGCUUGGACGGACCCCUUGACUGCCCACUCCCUGGACCUGUGAAUGGCCACCUUCAGCAGACCCAAGGCCAGACUAGGGAAGAGUUCCCCAACCGACCCAUAUGUUGCCCCAAAGUUGAGGAGCACGGGGUUGAAGUGCAGUCAGAAUUUGAGGAAUGGCCCCUUCAGGUAUUCAAGCAGAGGUUGUAACCUCUCAUUCCACAUGAAUGUGGAACACAGACUCCUCUAGGUUGCAGGGGUGGCAGGCAGCCCCAGAGACAGUGAACCAACCUAACAACCUGGGGCACGGAACUUCUCUGUGCAACACUCUCCAUCCCAGGUCCUCGAUGUAAGGGGGGAGGACCUCCAUGUACAGCAACCUCCACUGGGGUACCACUGGUUGCGAGCUGGGAGAAUGGACCACCAUGUGUGUCCAGAUGGCAGGUGAGAGUGAGGAAGUGUGGAGCAGCAGGUAUGGAAAGGCACAGAGUGGAGUCCUGAGAGGAUGUUAUGUUGUCUCCCGAGGAGGGUUCUGGGGCCUGGGUCCGAUGAGCACUUCAGGCUGAGCAUGCUCCACGCCACAGGGACCCAUUGUGACAGGACUGCCAAAGCCUUCAGCCAUGAGCCCAUGUGGGGGGAGCUCGCUCCUCUGCCAUCCCGCCCGUCCCUUCGUCCAGUGGCCCUGAAGCCAGAGCGCCUCUCUCUGCCAGUGAGGGAGCGCCCUGACUGGAGGCAACCUUGUCCCAGGCUCUGGAAAAAGUCGCAGUAAAAGACGUUUCCCUCGGAGCUGAUGCUUGCCCUUGGGAGCUGCGUGUCUUGAAGGCAGUGGCCCCGGUAGAAGAAAAUGUUGGCAGCACAUCCCAGCUCUGUACAGAUACCUCUGCAGAGCCCCAAGGCGGAGACUUGCCACCUGGCUUUGUACCGGCCACCACGAUCGGGAGACAGGACUGAGGCAGAAACCUUCCUCUUGCCCCGUAAGGGAUCCACCAGCUUCUUUUGGAACUUGGUGGCAAAAGCAGGGGGUGAAACUAAAGUGACCAGUGGGCACCGCAGAAUGGAGGUCACCAGUUGCUGUAUGACCAGUGUUCAGACCCUCAGACCAGUGAGCAGUCCUGUCCCGAGCCCUAGCUGGGUGAUGACUCUUGCCUCCAACUCCCGCCAGUUUGCUUCUUCGGCAAGGCUUAGGUAGACUCCCAAAUAGAGAAGGUGCGUGAUGUUCCGACAGGGAGUCCACCUGCCACUGAUCUAGCAGGUGUCUGAGACCUUUCUCCUGAUUGAUCCAUGCAGAGGACCCACUGUGUCCUCUGCAGGUCAGUGUGGAUCUUCAGCUGGGGAAUGCCUCUUCGCCCAUGUCAAAAUGUUUUCACCAACUUUCUUCACCCAGGCAGCUGGGCCCGGCAAAUGGGGCAGGGAGUGAGUUUACUCCUGUUGGAAAAGCAUAGUGAAGCCUCCGGAUAAAAUAGCCAGCUGCUUUCACCUCCUGCAAUACGGACACCAACCUCAUUAACCAUAGGAUGUUCUUCCUUCCAGUCAAGUGACAGAUACAGCAGGGAAACUGGCCCACUGAGUCCGUACUGACCAUCAAACAUCCAUUUACACUCAUCCUAUGUCAUCCCAUUUUUUUAACGUCAUAAGGUUAAUGACACAGGUUAAUAAAUAUGGCACAGGAACAGGCCCUUCAGCCCAACUCCUCCAUGCCGACCAAGUUGCCUGUGUUUGGCCCAUAUCUCUCUAAACCUUUCCCAUCCAUGUACCUGUCCAAAUGUCUUAAAUGUUGUUAAUGUACCUGUUAAUGUCCGGCAGCUCGUUCCAUAUACUGACCAUCCUCUGGGUGGGAAAACCUGCCCCUAAGGUCUCCUUUAAAUCUUUCCCCUCUCACCUUAAACUUGUGCCUCUUCCUCGUUCAACCAACAAAGUGGAUGCAAAGCAGCGUCUCUCUCUCCACUUCUUCUCAGCUCCAGUGUGUCCCCACACCGGAAGGUUGGGGCCGACUGACUCCAGCCGAUCUCCCAGUCAGUCCUGCACUGUCCCUGCCUCAGAAGUGAGUGAUGGGAGAGCAUAGAUGGAGCUUUACUCUGCUAAUUCGUGUUCUAUCUUUAUCAUGCUAAUAAGGGUGCAGUGAAGCAAAGCCGUGAAGCCCAAUGUGGUCCAUCAACUUGCUGAUGCUCUGCAGUUGAGUGAGCACAGCAAAAGUCCUUGGUGAAGUGAUUGAGGGCAGGUUGUGCCUGUGCUGGUAACUCAGGAGCAGGGACACGUGGAUGGAGGUGAUUACUCUCCAGUGCUUGGAAUUUGCUAACAUCACUGGCGAUGGGGAGAACUGUCUCUCUCCCUGAUGCAGGAAGUCUGUGUGGGAGAAAUGUAAACGGGGCUUUGUGAGACUUGGAUGCAAUCCAGGAUCAUUUCAGAUUUCUCGGAUCUACAGUUUUUUGCUUUUGGAAGGAUUAGGAACCUGCCCCGGCAUGAGCCAGGCCUGUUGGAGGGACCGGAACAUUGCCACUGGGUACAUUGAAUCAGGAUGACCUUUUUGUAUUCUGUGUACAUCUAAUUUUGUAGUUUUUAUUUUAUAGGCAUUGUCAACACUGAUCUGUAAUUCAAUACUGAAUAUAGUAAUGCCUCUUGCCACAUCACGGCUGUCCUAAAGGAUUAAAGUCAAUAAAUGCAAAUAAUUUUGUAAGAAAAUAAAUGGUGAUUUUGCAGUCA